AUGUGGUUGGAGUUAUGUGGACACCUGCUCACACUGGACUGCCUCACACUGGACUGCCCUAGACUGGACUGCCCUAGACUGGACUGCCUCACACUGGACUGCCCUACACUGAACUGCCUCACACUAGACUGCCUCACACUGGACUGCUCUACACUGGACUGCCCUACACUGGACUGCCUCACACUGGACUGCCCUAGACUGGACUGCCCUAGACUGGACUGCCUCACACUGGACUGCCCUACACUGAACUGCCUCACACUAGACUGCCUCACACUGGACUGCCCUACACUGGACUGCCUCACACUGGACUGCCCUACACUUGACUGCACUACACUGGACUGCCUCACACUGGACUGCACUACACUGGACUGCCUCACACUGGACUGCCUCUCACUGGACUGCCUCACACUGGACUGCCUCACGCUGGACUAUCCUAGACUGGACUGCACUACACUGGACUGCCCUACACUGGACUGCCUCAAACUGGACUGCCCCACACGACUACUGGACUGCCCUAGACUGAACUGCCUCACACUAGACUGCCUCACACUGGACUGCUCUACACUGGACUCCCCUACACUGGACUGCCUCACACUGGACUGCCUCACACUGGACUGCACUACACUGGACUGCCUCACACUGGACUGCCUCUCACUGGACUGCCUCACACUGGACUGCCUCACGCUGGACUGUCCUAGAUUGGACUGCACUACACUGGACUGCCCUACACUGGACUGCCUCAAACUGGACUGCCCCACACGACUUUGGAUCAAACCUAUCAUUCAAUGGCCUUCAUAA